GCUAGAGGCAGCGGAGGAGGUGGAGGAGGAGGAGCAGGAGGAGGCACAGCGGCCGGUGGCCGAGCACUGCGGCGGAGACUCCCGGCUGGCCAGCGCUGACGCCGAAGUGACCGCCAGUAGCUAAAGUAGUACCCCGGGAAGCGGCGGCGGCGUGUGCGUGUGGCCCGUGUGCGGGCGGCGGCGCGGGAGCAGCGCGGAGGGGCAGCCGGUUCGGGCGGGUGGCAUCAUGGACGAGAAGGUGUUCACCAAGGAGCUGGACCAGUGGAUCGAGCAGCUGAACGAGUGCAAGCAGCUGUCCGAAUCCCAGGUCAAGAGCCUCUGCGAGAAGGCUAAAGAAAUCCUGACAAAAGAAUCCAACGUGCAAGAAGUUCGAUGUCCAGUCACUGUCUGUGGAGAUGUACAUGGCCAAUUUCACGAUCUCAUGGAACUGUUUAGAAUUGGAGGCAAAUCACCAGAUACAAAUUACUUGUUUAUGGGAGAUUACGUUGACAGAGGCUAUUAUUCGGUUGAAACAGUUACACUGCUUGUAGCUCUUAAGGUUCGUUACCGUGAACGUAUCACCAUUCUUCGAGGGAAUCACGAGAGCAGACAGAUCACACAAGUAUAUGGUUUCUAUGAUGAAUGUUUAAGGAAAUAUGGAAAUGCAAAUGUAUGGAAAUAUUUUACAGAUCUUUUUGACUAUCUUCCUCUCACUGCCUUGGUGGAUGGGCAGAUCUUCUGUCUACAUGGUGGCCUCUCACCGUCCAUAGAUACACUGGAUCACAUCAGAGCGCUUGACCGCCUACAAGAAGUUCCUCAUGAGGGCCCAAUGUGUGACUUGCUGUGGUCAGAUCCAGAUGACCGAGGUGGUUGGGGGAUAUCUCCUCGAGGAGCGGGCUACACCUUUGGACAAGAUAUUUCUGAGACAUUCAAUCAUGCCAAUGGCCUUACGUUGGUGUCGAGAGCUCACCAACUGGUAAUGGAGGGAUAUAACUGGUGCCAUGACCGGAAUGUAGUAACAAUUUUCAGUGCUCCAAACUAUUGCUAUCGCUGUGGCAACCAAGCUGCAAUCAUGGAACUUGACGAUACUCUAAAAUACUCUUUCUUGCAGUUUGACCCGGCACCACGCAGAGGCGAGCCACAUGUCACUCGUCGCACCCCAGACUACUUCCUGUAAUGAAUGUUAAACUUGUACAGUAUUGUCAUGAACCAGAUAUUUACCUAAUGGAAAUGGGAAGAGCAACAGUAACUCCAAAGUGUCAGAGAAUAGUUAACAUUCAAAAAACUUGUUUUCACACGGACCAAAAGAUGUGCCAUAUCAAAAUACAAAGCCUCUUGUCAUCAACAGCCGUGACCACUUUAGAAUGAACCAGUUCAUUGCAUGCUGAAACGACAUUGUUGGUCAAGAAACCAGUUUCUGGCAUAGCGCUAUUUGUAGUUACUUUUGCUUUCUCUGAGAGACUGCAGAUAUUAAGAUGUAAACAUUAACACCUCAUGAAUACAGUUUAACUUCCAUUUAGCUAGAGCUUUACUCAGCAUGACUGUAGAUAAGGAUAGCAGCAAACAAUCAUUGGAGCUUAAUGAACAUUUUUAAAAUAAGUACCAAGGCCUCCCCUCUACUUGUGAGUUUUGGAACCGUUUUGUUUCUUUUCAGGGAUACCGUUUAAUUUAAUUGUAUGAUUUGUCUGCACUCACUUUAUUUCCUUCUCAAUCUCGGCCCCAUGUUGUUCUUUGUUAUUGUCAGAACCUGGUGAGUUGUUUUGGACAGAACUGUUUUCCCUUCCUGUAAGACGAUGUUACUGCACAAGAGCACUGCAGUGUUUUUCAUAAUAAACUUGUGAACUCAGAACUGAAAAGGUCAAAUUUCAGUUGUAUCAAUGGGCAAAACUGGUGCUGUUUAUGAAAAAGAUAGAAUCAUUUGUAGGUUGUAGCGUUCUAGGUGUAAUGAAAAAUAAAAAUCAAGGCCACUGCGUGACUUUUCUGAUA